CUCGGCCCCGUUGACGAAACUAUCUGACUGUGCUAUGCAUACGGAUUGGGGAUUCUUCGACUCCAUACGUACCUAUUCCCCACACAAUCAUGCCCAUGAAACGUUCCAGCAUUCCCAAGGCUCGCUUGGGGGUAAAUGCGGCAAUGCGAUGCCCAUGCGCAAUACUCACUUGUAGGCCUUCUCGGCUGCCGAAACGAUCACCACUUUGCGGACAACGAUGUCAUCGCCGCGAUGAGCAAAUGAGAAGGGGGGGAGGUGGUGGUGGUGGUGGAUGGGGAGGAAGAGGAGGGAGAGGACGAGGAGAGGAAGAGGAAGAGGAAGAGGGAGAGGGAAAGGACGAGCACGAGCAAGAGCAAGAGCAAGAGAACGAUGACGACGAGGUCAAGGACGAGGAAGAGCUCUUUACGGUUCCGGUUUCGCGGAUGCCGGAACAUACAUCAUACUCUACAAUCCUUACUACGUCCGGCGGCAUUCAUCUCAUCCCCAUCACCAACUACAGUCCUCAUCCAUCCUGCAUUCCCGAAGCAAGGGCACCGAUGCCCGUGAUCCCCCGUCCACGUGCAUUGCAGAAAACAAGUAUCGACUUGUACAGACCCGUACCUUAGUUACUGCGUGCUGAUGCCUACGGCAUGCCGCCAACCCCCCCUCACAGCUUUCGAAUGC